AAGGAAAAUCGCGUCAGACGCACAAGUGAUCCCAGGAUGCCUUGCGGCUACGAAGGAGAAGGGCUGCCGUGCGCGAUUUGGGGCGGGCGUGAUGUCAGGCCAAGGACUGGACACGGCAGGACCGGUAAAAGGCACCGCAACCUGUGGGUCGCGCUCUCGGCGGAAGGUCCUUACGGCGGAAGAGGCAGAGUUGUUUGAGCUUGCGCAGGCAGCGGGAAGCGGCCUUGACCCGGAAGUGUUCAAGAUUCUGCUGGACCUUCUGCGCAUGAAUGUGGCACCUUUGGCUGUCUUCCAGAUGCUGCGUUCCAUGUGUGCUGGGCAGAGACUCAUCAGUGCUGAGGCUGCUCCUGAGCCAGCGCGAGAGCCCCCAUUUGUCUCUGCCAAGACCAGUAAAAUCCCUGCACCACUCUCACUUUCCUCUGCCCUUCGACCUCCAAGAAUAAGCGUUACUAAGGCUGUGGUCUACAGUCCUGCUGCAGCUUGCUCGCCUCUCUCUCAAGGUCCCCCUGGCACUUUCCAGUUUUCUUGCUGCUUGUUCUCUCCUUUUGCAGAGACCCAAGAUCACUAAAUGUAGAGUGGUUCACUCUUGUUCGAAGAAUGGAAGGCAGAUUAUGUGACAAGGGAGAAGAAUUUGUAAGGGAAGGAAAGAGGGAGGAAAACACAGAAAGAAGCUUUGCUGGGUUUAUGUCUUGCCAAUUGCAAGGAGUAUUGAUGGUCUGAGGCAACGUACAGUAGAUUUGCUUAUGCUACCUGGAUAUUUACUGUCUGUAAAAAUAAGAGCCCUAGGUAAGUGUUGAUUGUUUAUAUGUGGAUUGUGUGCAUGUACACACCAUACAUUUAAAGCAUAUUUAAAACAUCCCCCCCCCAAAAGGAAGCCUGGGAAUUGUAGUUUGUUAAGGCUGCAGGGAAUUCUAGUUUUGUGAGGAAUAAACUACAGUUCCCAGGAUUCUUCAGGAUGAGGAGAAAAAUGUUCUUUAAUGUAUGGUAUAUAUGCAACCUUAGAAAGCCUUUAGUGUGGAACAACUUUUGCUGAUGUUGGUCUGAGCUCCUGUUUGAGUCUGGCUUAGUGUGCGGCUGUUUUUAAAUAUUGGUCAAACUGUUGCUCAUAACCAUACUGAAGGCUUAUUAAUUUGUAUCAGCUAUAGUGUUAUUGCUAAUCUGGUAGUGUUAAAGAAUUUGUAUGAGACAAAAGAAAACAUCUGUCUAAGGAAAUACUGCAAGAAAAUUGGAACCGUAUCUGGAAGAAUGUCCCAAUACUUCAUAUUAAUUUAGGAACUUCUAUAAACUACUGUUUAGGUAUUAUUUCACACCAGUAAGACUAAAUAGAAUUUGUCCUCGUAUCUGAUAUCAUUGUCAAGCCUAUAGAGCAAAUCUAGUUACAUCUUGUAGACUUGCCCCAAAUUAAGAAAUAGUGGAACUCUAUAUUGGCAAAACUUUAAAGUGUUAUUGGUCUUGAUCUACCACAUCCUGUCAGUAGGAUUGCCACUUGUGCAAUGGGA